AUGGUCGUGUUUAUUCAGUACAUUGCUCUUGCUGAUAUCUUCCUAGUGAUUUUCACUGUCUUGCCGGAAGCAGUCUCACUAGCUCUGAACAGAUGGGUGUUCGGCAAACUCUUCUGUCGUGUAGAGUAUUGUGUUACCUACAGUGUUUUAGGAACUUUCCUUCUCCUUAUUGUUGCGCUGUCUCUGACCAAGUUGCUGAUCCUGAAAUAUCCGUUCAGAGCUGUCCAUCUCUCUACAAAGAUCGCUCAUUUUUCAUCACUCGUCUGCUUCAUUUGCAGCUUCGUAUUAGCAGCGCUGCCUGCCCUGACAAAGAUAGAUGAUAUCUACUUCAGCUACCUGACCUACACCUGUCAGUUCAGCAGAUCUUCAUCUCAAGACAGCUGGUUCUUAAAGAUCACCUUCAUCUUAAUCGGAUUAGUAUCGCUCAUUAGUUUGGUGGUUGUGAUGGUGAGCAAUGUCAUGAUUAUCAUCACAGCUAAGAAGAUCACUGCUAGAGGACCAGGAGGACUCCAGUGGAGGGGGGUGAUGACAGUGGUGCUCACUGUAGCUGUCUUCACUGUCGCUAAUCUACCGGGAGCUAUCUGCGGUGCAGUUAGCUACUUUGUGAAGGAUGCCCCAACGGAGAUGUCCCAGUUCUGGCAUUUUUACUUUUUUAGGAUUGGGUAUGCGAUUGGGUCCCUAAAUUUGAUGUCCAACUUCUACAUUUACACAUUGUCUCUAAACAGCUUCAGGGAGUUCCUUAACUCCAGGAUGGCGACGAUAUUAGCCCCCCUCGGCCUCGUGAGAUAUUUUACUCAAACUGAAGUUAGAAUAAAUUCUGGGGAAGAGGAACGACAAAGACUUAUUGGUGACUAA